AUGCCUCGCAUAUCCCAGGCAUGCGACAAUUGCUUCCGAAGCAAAGUAGGUUUCUUCACAUCCUGGUUCCUCGGUAUAACAAAUCGGCUCACGGGUGGCAGAUCAAAUGUGAAGGACAACGCCCUCUUUGCGAGUGGUGCGAGCAUCGACAUCUUCCAUGCACAUAUGAUAGAAAGCGAAAACGUGCACCAAAAGUCAGACUGUCUUCUGGUAGCGCAACAGCCUGGAGAGCUCCAGAAGACUGCAGAGAGACCUAAAGAGUCCGGACAGAAAUUCCCGUUCUUACACCAUGUUGGCAACGUGAACCUCGGCGGCAGUGCCAUUCUCUUUUCUUUGGAGGGCAAAGAAUGGGUUGAACGUCUCACGGGCGAACAUAUGCCGAAGGAUUUGAGCGUGACAAGCUCACGGCCGUGGGAACGUGAUCCUGUUUCAGAAAUUCAAGAUCCUUUCCAGAUCAAACCCCUCGAGGCGAUGGGCUUACCUGGUCGACAGAUGAUGAAUUUAGUCACAGAAAAGUACUUCAACUCUGUACUUAGCCGUGUGUGGCCAUUACCAGACCAGGUGCUCUUUCGUGAGACAAUGGAUAUUGCCUAUGGGAAUCAGAAUGAAACCCCAUUCCGAGUACAUACAGCCAAAAUCUGUGUAUGGACUACUUGGGCAUUCCUAUCAUCAUUCCCUGAUAUAUCAAAUGCGAUUUCACCUCUUGAACGCGUGGAACUUGUGAAUUCGAUCAUGGCAUCGAUUAAUCUGCUUCAACAACCACAUAUCGAAGUUCUCGAGUCGAUCUCAAUGCUCGUUGUUCUUCAUUUGAAUUCUGGCAACAUGCAAUCAAGUAUUCUGAGUAAUACUCUUGCAGCGAGAUUUGUGCUCCUGCUUGGCGCCAAUACCAGGGACUGUUUCCGAGAUGCCUGCAAAUUUGUCUCGACAGGAGACGAGCGAUUCCGGCGUCACUACCACUUGCGCAACUUGUUCUGGAUGUGUUAUCUUCAAGAUAAAGAGCUUUGUCUUCGAUCAAACCAGCCACCAGCUCUAUCUGAAUAUAACUGUGAUCUCGAUCUACCUAUUGAUCAUCAGCGCGGUUGUAACAAUGCUCUUCCGAUGGACGACUGUGUGACUCCGGUCUUUGCGGGCGAUCUUCGGCUCAGUCAGCUCAAGUCCAAGGCUUAUUGUGAUCUAUACUCUCGUCGUGCUUUGGAGAAAGACGGAACACUAAUCCUCAGUGAAAUUCGCGAAUUGGAUCGUGAACUGGAAGAAUGGCGUCUGAGUAUCCCGAUCGGCCAUCGCCCGACGCUGCUUUUCUCGCAAAAUACAAGCUUUGGAUCCAAUGGCUUCAAUAUCCGAUCCCUCAUGAUGCAACUAGAGCAUCAUUACUGCAUGUCUUAUAUCCAUCAAGCUUGUGGGAGAUUCCGGCUAUUGGAUGGAACCCAAGAUCCCGAGAUUCAAGGGAUUGGUUCCAGUCUCUCCCUUGCAAUUGCGACCUGCCGCUCCUCGCUCUACUGUCUCCUCAAGGUCAAAGAUUCCCUCUCUCCAAGAGACUUCUGGUGA